AAUUGUGCUCUUGCUACUUCUAUUCACUUCGCAACUUCAAAAGUACUCGCACAAAAGAAAAACUAGGAAAAAGAAGAAGAAUUUAAGAUUCUUUUUUUCGAAAUUCCAAUGGCAGAAAAGAGUAAGAUUUUGAUCAUCGGAGGCACUGGCUACAUCGGAAAGUUUGUCGUUGAAGCGAGCGCAAAAGCUGGCCAUCCAACCUUUGCUCUAGUUAGAGAGAGCACGGUCAAAGACCCUGCCAAGGCUAACCUCAUUGAGAAGUUUAAGAACUUGGGUGUCACUUUGCUCUACGGAGAUCUUUAUGACCAUGAGAGUUUGGUGAAGGCGAUCAAACAGGUGGAUGUUGUGAUAUCGACGGUGGGUUUCAUGCAAACUGCAGACCAAACCAAGAUCAUUGCUGCCAUUAAAGAAGCUGGCAAUAUCAAGAGAUUCUUCCCGUCGGAGUUUGGAAACGAUGUGGAUCGAGUGCAUGCAGUUGAACCAGCCAAGUCUACGUUCGACCUCAAGGUCCAAAUCCGGCGUGCUAUUGAGGCCGAGGGCAUCCCCUACACUUACGUCUCCAGCAACUGCUUUGCUGGCUACUUUCUGCCCUCAUUGGCACAGCCAGGUGCCACUUCUCCACCCAGAGACAAAGUCACCAUCUUAGGGGACGGAAAUCCGAAAGCUGUGUUCAACAAGGAAGAUGACAUUGGAACCUAUACAAUCUGCGCCGUUGAUGACCCAAGAACAUUGAACAAGAUCCUCUACCUGAAGCCUCCACAGAACAUCUACUCCUUCAAUGAGCUUGUUGCCCUGUGGGAGAAGAAGAUUGGCAAAGUUCUUGAAAAAGUCUACGUCCCAGAGGACAAACUUCUCAAGGAUAUUGCAGAGGCCCCAAUUCCAAUCAAUGUGAUAUUAGCAAUCAACCAUUCAGUGUUUGUGAAGGGAGAUCAUACCAACUUCGAAAUCGAGCCGUCAUUCGGAGUUGAGGCUUAUGAGCUCUACCCUGAUGUGAAGUACACCACCGUGGAUGAGUACCUUGAUCAAUUUGUUUGAAGAGAUUAAGAUCACAGGACUUCUGCUAAUAUGUGAGCUAAAUAUCUCCGAAAAAAUAACUUUAAAUGUCGUUAAUGUUGUUUGAGCGGAAGAGUGUGUGCGACGAGAACAAAAUUUACGGAGUUUUAAUGUAAUUUCUAUGUUUCUCCUGCACAUUUGUGGUUGGUUUUGAUUUUUAGAGAUGUCAAAACGCUUUGAGAAUUGCCUAGUGUAUAUCACGUCAUGGUGAUACGAAAUAUAAAAAUAAGAUGAUAUAUUCUUGGCUGUAUGGCUGUA